UGUUUGCGGUGGAAUCGGUCGCGGAGAGGGGAAGACCCACACGCGCACACUGACAGCCCCGCGUAAAAGCGAGGUGUGUGUUAUGGCUUUACCAGCCCUGACCCGGACCUCUCCGUUGUCACCACCAAUCUGACGCAGUCUAACUACUUCCCUCUGGCCAAUCAGAAUGGGGGAUGGCCUGGAGGCCCCUCCCCUCAUCCAGAACCCCCUGCCCCCUGAGACAUUUAACCCCUCCCGCCCUCCUCGAUACACCAAUCAGCUGCAGUAUCUCCUGAAGAAUGUGCUGAAGUCACUUUGGAAGCACCACUUCUCUUGGCCUUUCCAGGCUCCCGUAGACGCCGCCAAACUCAACCUGCCGGACUACUAUAAGAUCAUAAAAACCCCUAUGGACAUGGGAACCAUUAAGACCAGACUGGAGAGCGGGUAUUACUGGAACGCCCAGGAGUGUAUACAAGACUUCAAUACCAUGUUUACCAACUGCUACAUCUACAACAAGCCGGGGGACGAUAUAGUGCUCAUGGCCAAAACGUUAGAGAAAGCAUUCCUACAGAAGAUCUCUGAGCUACCACCAGAGGAAAUCGAAAUCCCUGCAAAGACCAAGAACAGAGGCAGGGUCAGACGAGACACGGGUUUUCUCUCUGAUUCGCCGGGGAGUGUGUCCGUGUCCUCGCCCAUGUCUGCUGGGGGAAUCCAAACCCAAACCACUACACCUCCCUUCCCCCCCCUCGGCCCUCUGGACCAGCUCACCCAGGCCUUGACCACUGUGUCUGCACCUAUCGUCACGGCGAUGUCAGGGCCGCCUCUCCUACAGAGUGCCACGCCCCUCACUAAGCUAAAGAAGAGCCAGAAGCGGAAGGCAGACACCACAACGCCGAACGCCAGCGACCAGCUCGGAGAGUCGUCGCCCGCGGCAACAGAGCCGCGACCGCGCAGGGAGAGCACUCGUCCCAAACAGCCACGGUCAGACCUCCCCGACUCGGGCGGGUUUGGCGUGAUGGCGCCCCCUAGCCCUGGGAGAAGGGAACAGCUGCAGUACUGUAAGGAGGUGCUGAAGGAGAUGUUGUCGAAGAAACACGUGGGCUACGCCUGGCCUUUCUACAGGCCUGUGGACGCCAGCGCUCUGGGUCUACACGACUACCACAACAUCAUUAAACACCCUAUGGACCUCAGCACCAUAAAGGCUAAGUUGGAUGGCUGCCAGUAUCAUAAUGCCCAGGAGUUUGCCGCUGAUGUUCGAUUAAUGUUCUCCAACUGUUACAAAUACAACCCACCGGAUCACGACGUGGUAGCCAUGGGCCGCAAACUACAGGACGUCUUUGAGAUGCGAUUCGCUAAGAUGCCUGAUGGGCCAGAGGAGAGGCCCCACCUACCCGCCCCUUCUCCUUCACCAGUCAAACAACAGCCCGCCCCCGUCCCGCCCUCUGGCACCUCCUCCGACGAAUCAGGGACUUCUGAUGGAGACUCGGACCAGGAGCGAGCUCACCGGUUGGCUGAGCUCCAGGACCAGCUGAAAGCCAUCCAUGAGCAGUUGGCAGCCCUGUCCCAGCCCCAGGUCAGUAAACCCAAGAAAAAAGAGAAGAGGAAAGACAAGCACAGGAGGAAACCCGGUGAAGCUCCGCCCUCUCCUGGGAAAUUAGCCAUGUGGCUCACGCCAGAAGCUCCGCCCCCGGGCAGCAAAAAGAACAAGACGGGCAAAGAUCCUGCUCUGACCACCAAACCCAAGACACCUGGAAAAAGAGAGCCCUCAAAAGCCAUCAGCAACCCAGCACCCACCCCCUCUUUGGCCACACCCUCCCUGGUGCCAUCUGCCUACCUGGAGUCAGAGGAGGUGGGUGUGGCCGACGGGUGUCGGCUGAUGACGCUGGAGGAGAAGAGACAGCUGAGCCUGGACAUUAACAGGCUGCCCAGUAAGAAACUGGGACGUGUGGUUCGCAUCAUCCAAUCACGGGAGCCCACGCUGAAAAGCUCCAACCCAGACGAGAUCGAGAUUGACUUUGAGAUGCUGAAGCCCUCCACCCUCAGAGAGCUAGAGAGAUACGUGUCAGCCAGCAAAAGGAACAGAGCAGGUGAGAAAAAUAAGAAGAUGAAGAUUGGCUCCUCAUCAGACACAAGCAGCCAGUCCAGCUCCUCUGACAGUGAGGACUCAGAGACAGGACCGCUGUCUAAGCAGAGACCCAGGUUAGACUCAGGGAAGGAGGCCAGCGGACUGUACCAUCAGACCCCUGUGACAGGGGGAGCCCAGACUUCAGCUCCAGCUUCCGUUGUUCCCAACACCCAGGUCCCAGUGGUACAGUCCUACCCCCCUGUCUCAGGUUCGGCACUGCAACCUUCCCACCUCCUAGGAAACGGUUUCGACCAUUUCAGUCAGACGACUGUGGCUGAUGCCGCCCCGUUGGGCGUGCACACACACGUGCAGGUCACACACGCUCCGCUGCAGACGCAUGCAUUUCUCAACCACAACCCCCAGCCGCUCACAGCACCCUCUCCAGCUCUUCCUUCAGUCCAGACUCAGCUGCCGUCCCACCCGGUCGAGAGAGCUCCAGCCCCUCCUCCUCCACCUAAACCUGCCCCUCCUGCAUCUGUCUCCUCAACGCCGGUCAUCUCUGCCCCCUUCCCGCACCCCUCUGUGGCCCUGACACAGACCCGCAGGCCUCUGGCCCCUCCCCUCCCCUCCCUGGGCCCCCAGGGAUCCUCCAUUCUGGACCAAGUCCCAGCUCAGCCCCCCGAGACGCUGCUGGAGGGGGAGGACGAGGAGCCAGGAUCCCCUUCCCUUCCUCUCUGUCAGAUGGACAUGUGUCUUGGGUCUCUGCAACAGUCCAUAGAGACGACCCCUCCCCCCCAGUCUACCCUGUUCACUCACUCACAUGCACCACUGCUACAGGACAAUGGCCCCAAGCUGCUACGCCACGCACCACUCAGUGGGACAGAAACACACAACGCAGGCCCGCUGAAGGAAAGCCCGCCCCCUCUGAUUCAGCAGCUCCAUUCACUAGCCAACCAGUCUCCACCUGCCAGUCUGCAGCCCAAGAGACCAGUCCUGACUAAACAGGAGAGACUGAGUUCAUCCCCUGACGUGUCCCAGAGUCCUGGCCUACUGCAGGAGUCCACUCACAGCAAACUCAGUCCACCCAAAUUAAAUCUCAAGCCACUGGACAGUUCUGGGCUCCGCCCCACGGAUUCUCCAACCACAGCACUUCAGGAUAAAAUCAAACAAGAGCCCAAAACACCCACUGCUCCCAAAAAGGAUGUGAAAUUGAAGAGUAUGGGACCAUGGGCGAGUCUUGUCCAAAGGCCUUCCUCUAACCCCGCCUCCACUGGCUCCUCACUGGCCCGUUCGUCGAGUGACAGCUUUGAGCAGUUCAGACGGGCGGCGAGGGAGAAAGAGGAGCGAGAGAAAGCCCUGCGAGCGCAGAACGAACAGGCGGAGAGAGAUAGAGUGAGGAGAGAACAGAGUGAACAGACAGAGAGAGAGAGAGUGCGGAGAGAACAGGACAGACUACGAGAGGCAGAGCAGCAGGGUGAUUCUGUCAGACUGCAGACACAGGCUCACCAGACGCCCCCCCAGCUGCCCCCACAGACUCUGUCUCCACCAGACGCCCUUAACACACAAACACCCACACCUGACCAGCAGAGGGAGCUAGCACGCAGGAGAGAACAGGAGCGGAGGAGGAGAGAGGCAAUGGCUGCUGUCAUAGACAUGAACUUUCAGAGUGAUCUGAUGGCCAUCUUUGAGGAGAACCUGUUCUGACAGAGGAAGAAACAUAGUUCAAGACAGAGAGAGAGACAGAGACAGAAAGACAGUGCUCUGAUAGUGUGAUCUGAAGUACCCCCCACCCAUACCUCUUCAUACUCAUCCUGUCUAUCUGUGUGUGGAGCCUGUGUGUGUGUGUGUGUGUGUGUUUGAGAGAGAGAGAGAG